AUGAAUAAUGUGCUCGCACCUGUCCGGCUCCUCGCUAGGCGUAGGGGUAUCUGGCUAAGCACACGGGUCUUUCUAUUGCUGCUGGUGUUGGUGCUGCUAUUCCUGCAAGCGCAACCAUUGGUUUUUUUUGAGGCUGUGGAGCCCUCUAUAGCUUCUGUAUCCGUUGGUAGAAGUCCCGAGAGGACGCCAAACACCUUAUAUGUACAGUUAAGCGGGGGAGAGACGGCGAAAGGCUACAACUCGGGUCUUACACCUGAACAGGUGAUCUCAGUUCGCAGUUAUGACCGCGAACGGGAACUUCAUUGGGACUACGAGAGGCCACCGCGAGGACGAAGAAGGCCCGUAGGUGGUAUUACUGGGGUGGUCGCUUCUGCUGCUGUUGUUGCUUUGUUGGCUGUUGUGUUUCUGUUGCUGUCUUGCGGAAUCUCCAUCUCCCGCACCGCGAAGACCACCCAAACUUGGGACGGCGGAAGGCAGCUCGCAUCCAGUGAGGAUGAGGGAGUGUGUACAAAAAUUGCAACAGAAGCAGGGGAAACAUUAGCAUCAGAUGGAGGAGCGGGAAAAGUAGCAGAUGGAGGAGGUGGAAUAACAGCAGCAGGAGAUGCAGCAGUAGGAGAGGCAGCAGCCGUAGACAGCACAGCAGUUGUCUCUUCUCUCAAUCCAGCGGCCCCUCCCUUUUUUCCUAGAGGCUCUGAUUAUGCAGGCCAAGUCGCUGUUGAAGGGGACACUGCAGCAGGGGGAGACCCUGGGGAGUUGGCUGUUUCUUCUUCGAAGUUGAAUGUGUUUCAAGCGGGACCUGAGAGAGCGCCCGAAGAAGUCGCAACAGCAGGAGAAGCAGCAGAACAAGAAGCGAUACGAGCAUCAGGAGUGGCGCCAAGCGGCGAACAGGGACAGCGGAGGCGGGUGCCCCUGCUUUGGCCAACAGGGGUGAAGAAGGCGAUACCGCGUCCUCCCUUUUUUGAUCUUUAUGUGACUCGCCUUUGCGAGUUUGCUGCUUACUGCAGGGAUUACCUCGGCGAACUUCCUCUGCAUCAUGUUCUCACUGUAGCGCAGCACGUGGUGCGCUAUGCGGUAGUGGAGAUUGCUGCAUUGACGCCUUAUUGCACGGGCGACCAGGAAGGACAGCGGCAGUCGGUCAUCCAGUCGUUCUUCCAUCUUGCUUGGUGGUUGGGGGGCUGUCCGAGAGCGCAGCAGGAAGCGGUUACACCCCUGGACAGUCUGAUAAAUGCUUUGACUCUGCUUCGGGAGAAGAGGUCCUUUCCUGUCGCUCGGGCGCGGAGCAGAGCGCAUACAGCUGAGCAAAUUCUUCGUCCAGCGGGUGCGGCUUUGCGGCAUAUGGCUGCUGCCGUCAAUACGCUCCUGCAGAGCCUCCAAGGAGAUCCACCGGUUGUUCCACCCGCUGUAUUCGCAGCACAAGCCGCUGUUAUGAAUGCCGUCACCGAGCAGAGGCUGCUGCAGGCACUAUCCGAAAACGCUGCUGCACAGGCGCUGCAGCAGCUCCAGAGCAACGUUACUCCCGGCAUUAUUUUGAGGGAGGCUGAUACUCGCUUCGCUAAACAGAAAUAUAGUGCCGGGUAUGGUUGGAAGAAGGCAGAGUGCGUCAACAGAGCCGCAAGGAGGGCACGGGCUGCUGCUGUUGCGGCGGCGGGAGCAGAGGAUGCAACCGUGCCUCAGCAACUCGUCGGCCCGGAGCUCGGACAGCAACUUCCCGAGCACCAAAUUUCGCACGGGCAGCAGCAGCAAGAGCAUGCUCUGCAGGAGCACCAACCGCGGCAGCAACAAUCUCCUGUUGCACCGCUCGAAUCCCCACAAGAAGGCACAUCAGCAGCAACACAAACGCCAAUGGUAGAAGCGGCAGAAGGGCUAGAUACCGAAGCAUCAGACGCUAAGGCACGGAGACAGGCGCACCAGCAGCAGCUGCAAGAGCAGGCUUGGCAGGGCUCCGUUCGACUUUGGCAGCAAGCAGGGCCGUCUCCGCAACAGCAACAGCAGCAUCGGUGGCGUUCGAGCCCUCUCCUUCAGCCGGAGAAGCCCCCAGGGGAACCGUGGAGGCCGUACAUUCAGGAACAGCAACCGGGAGGAGCUUGGGAGUUUAAAGUCUUCCUGCCGCCGCAGGAGCAGCAUCCUUCGAUGUACGUUUCGGGGUUCGACGAGGCUCAAGCGGGUCCUUCGCGCGCCUCGGUAGGACCGUCUGGGACCGCGGCAGAUGCCACCUCUCUUCUGAGUCCCAGGAAAAGCUCCAGUCUGUUGGAUUCGCACGAACAAGGGGAAGACAAAGGCAGCGACAGUGAAGACGACGCAGAGACGAUGGAGUUGUUUCGAGGCUGGAGUUCCACCGCGCACGGAUUAUACAACGCCGUCACAAGUACCGGAGGAGGCAGCAGACGGCGGUGCGCGCCAGCAAGAGCAGCAACAGCAGCCACCGCGAAGUUCUGUUGA